UAAAGCAGCUGAAGCGACGGCAGCGCAACAAAAAGUUUGGGCACGAGACGAAAGCCACAUUGACGCGAUGCGUAAGGAACACCUAAGUAAACAAAGUGAGUUGCCCAGGCAUUACAAGUGUCCUAAGUGCGCACGUAUGCACCCGCCACGAAGGUGUCCUGCAUUCGGGAAAACAUGUCGCAAAUGUCAACGCCCCAACCAUUUCGCUAUCUGCUGCAGACGAUUUGCCGAUAUAGGCGAACUUCAGGGCGGUGAAGAUAACUUUGACAUUCUGGACGUGUCAAGCUGCGCACCAAAGCAACACGACUGGACAGUUGUCGGCCAAAUCAAGAACGUACCACUUGAAUUCAAGGUCGACACAGGAGCGCAAGCAAAUCUACUACCUUUCGGUUGCUACCGUAAAAUUCGCCCGAAACCGCCCCUGAAACCAAGCAGCGCGGUGUUACGUUCGUAUGGCGGAGGGGUUAUCAAGCAUGAUGGCGUCAUUCGUGCAGAAUUAGCACUAGGUGACCGUUGCGCCGUCCUCGACUUCUUCGUGGUGUCCAAGGGGCAUCAGGCCAUCCUGGGCUUACAGGCUAGCGAAAAUCUUGGACUUGUGUCACGCAUACACGCAGUAUCUCGAAACAGUUCCGAGGAAGUCGCAAGAAACUUUCGCCACUUGUUCACAGGAACCGGGUGCGUUGAAAGGGUCUAUCGAAUGGUUCUACGUGACGACGCCACGCCAAUCGUCCAAGCAGCCCGACGAGUGCCGCUGGCCCUACAGGAACCCUUGCGAGAAGAACUGGGACGUAUGGAGCGCGCGGGCAUCAUAACCAAAGUCACCGAGCCCACAGACUGGAAGGCCAUUGGCGACAUGCCCCCGAGGUUGCAGCGUUUUUUCCUGCGCCUUCUUCGCUAUGACGUAAAACUUCAGUUCACACCAGGGAAGCAACUGCUUCUCGCUGACAUGCUGUCACGUGCAACAACCGGACCCAUCACGGGAAACGACGUCAUCAACGACGACACUGAAGUGCACGCAGUAAGUGUUGUUUCUUCACUUGUCACCGAUAACACCUGGAAGAGGUUGGCUACGGAAACUAGUCGGGAUGAAGAAUUAAAGCAAGUUCUUGUGGACUUGGCGGCAGGAAAAGCACUCCAAGGCCACUGGAAAUCUUUUGAAGGAGAGCUUUCUCACGUGAACGGAGUCCUCUUAAAAGGGUGCAAAGUUGUAAUUCCGGCUACGAUGAGGAAAGAAACUUUGGAACGCAUUCAUCAAGGUCAUCUGGGCAUCAAUAAAUGCAAAUCACGGGCCAGGCAUCUUGUCUUCUGGCCAGGAAUAAACCGUGACAUAGAAACUUUCGCACAGGCGUGUUCUGCAUGCAAAACGUACGCGUACAGACAGCCCCAAGAGCCGUUACAGUUGCGCCCAGUACCUGAUAAACCGUGGCAUCGUGUCGGCAUCGAUAUUUUUGAGCAUGGUGGACGGUCAUACCUGUGCGUCUACGACGCAUUAUCCAACUUUCCUGAAGUAGAGCUGCUAAAAGAUACUACCGCGAAGACGGUCAUUGAAGCAACAAGUGCAAUUUUUGCUAGAUACGGCAUACCAGGGGUGCGAUCGGAGAUCGUUGUUCGGCGCGUUCGUUCGGUUACCGGCGCGCGCGAUUGGCCUACUCCGCGCCGACGUCGCCAGCCGCGGGGCGCCGCCCCGUUUUUGGUGACGUCAAAAUGACGACACGCUCCUGUCAAUCAUCCGCCCACCGAGCAUUUCGUCCGACCGCGACGGGAGUUGAGAAGUUUGGAGCGAUCAUACGGCUUCGCAUGGCGCGUCUGGUGGAUUGGAUUGGAUCCAACAGGCAGCCUGUUCGGCUGCGGAAUGGCACGUUUGCGAAACGCGUUUGAAGAAAUGACAGAAAAUGAAUUCCGGCGUCGUUUUUCUUUCUCGAAACAAAUAAUUCGUUGGUUGCACAGAGAAAUCGACAACAUCAUCGGUGCCAGCGAGCCACUGGGAUGUUGUCGUUGCCUCUUGAAAAGUGCGCCACUCUUCCCGUCGUUUUUUUUUUUCUUUUUCCUUCUCGCUGUGCGCGACACCACCUAGGGACGACGCAAAGAACCUUGUAGUUAUAAAUUGCAGUAGUCACACGUACUACUAUUUGAAAACGUGUUUGGGCUUGAGAAGAAAAAUACAUUUUUUUUAGAUAAAGAUUUAAUUCAUUUGGAAGACGAGAAACAUUUGGUUUUGUAGUAUACUGCUUGCAAGCAGACGACAAACGACGGAAGUAAACUUCCGGGGAGGUCACCGCUUCCUGAUUGGCUGCUCUCUCUGCCCCGCUGUCACAAAUUUUGCAUACUGCAACUUUGUGACGU